ACAACCAGUGGGAUGUGAAAGAGGGAGGAUCCUACAGUUGUAAGGUUCUGAUUGGGACAUGGCUGAUCAGUUAAGCCAAUAAGCAGGAUUGGGAGCUCUUUAAUAAGUCCAGUUCCUAGUAUGUGGACUCCUGGAUUCCAGAUUCUGCAGCUUGUUUAGUUUAUAGAUUGAUUCUCCGGCCUCAUCAUGUCAGCCCACCUUACUGAUCUGGAAAAAUGCAUGCAAACGAUGAUUGCUGUUUUCCACAAGUAUUCAGGCCAGGAGGAAAACCAAAACAAAUACACACUGAGCAACAGAGAACUGAAGGACCUGUUGGACAAGGAACUAAGCAGUUUCAUGAAGGGAGCCACUGAUCCUGAAGGUUUGAAGGCAAUUACGAAAAAACUAGAUAUCAAUCAAGACGGAGAGGUGAAUUUUGAAGAGUUUGCAGUCAUGCUCGCCUCAAUCACUAUCGUGUGUAAUGAAUUUUUUGUUCAGCACCUUAAACAAAGCAAAUAAAGGACAGAAAAUGCUGGCUGUAUCUAGCUCUGGAUAUAAAGAUGUAUACUGCUUUACUUAAAUAAAAAAACAAAGACCAAA